AUGCCGGAGCUUCCUGAUGACCAUGUGGACAGUAUCAAGCAGGGUACCUAUGUCUACUGGCUGAACCAGGAUGAUGAUAUUCCCCGUGGCACUGUUGGGGAGGUCAUUGAAGUGGACGGUGAUGAGGUGAAGGUUGAGUUUGACGGGAAGAAGUUGAAGGUCCUUUCGACAGAACUCAAUGUCUCGGAUUUUCAGAAAGGCACCUAUGUCCACUCCAGCCAAGACGGAGUUGCAGACAAGAUGAUCGGGCAGGUGAAGGGAGUGGAGGAUGGAAAGUUGAAGAUUGAGAUGGAAGGUGAGACCAUCAAAGAGAAGCCCAAGUACCUUAUCAAGUGUGAUUUUCAAAUCGGCAUGUUUGCCUUCUGGAAUAUGUCAGAUGAUGACAUCGCUCCUGGUCACGUGGGUCAAGUGCUGGACGACUUGAAUGAGAAGGGCAAAGUUAAAGUAAGCUUCCCAAAAGGCUCUUGGCGUUUCCGACCCAGGGAUUUGGUUCGGUGCAAUGUGCAGCCCGGUUCCUAUGUGCAAUGGACCGAGAGUAAUAAUGACAUUGCAGAUGGUGAGCUUGGAGAAGUUACAGGAGAAGUGAACGACUCUGGCAAGGUGAAGGUGGCCUUUCGCAAGGGAACCUGGAGUGUUAAGACCGACCAACUCAUCUUGUACGAGUUGCAGUUGGGCGCCUUUGUCAAAUGGCAGAAAAUUGAUGAGGAUGUGAAGAAAGGUGAGCUCGGGCAAGUGGUUGGCAUAAAGUCUCCCAGGGCCGUUUGCGAGUGCAGUUUCCCAAAGGUCGAUGGAAAUUCAAGGCUAACGAGCUGA